AUGAUAUCAUUUUAUAAAUUUAUCUUUACAAGUAAACAUACCAUUGAGUAGACAGGAAUUGACUUGUCAGAUCAGAACUUAAGAGGACAUUUUUUUUCAAUAUCCUAAUAAGAAGAAUAAAUCACUGGUUACAUUAUGGCUGUACCUGGUAAAAAGUCAUCUCAAAAACUCUCAUCUACACUAUCUCGAGGUGGUGCUGAAGAUUUUAACAUUUUCUGUGAACAAUGUGACAAAGAUGACAUCAGACUACCUGCCUUUGGUUACUGUGUGGAUUGUGAGGUACAUUUAUGUCAAACUUGCUUUAACACUCACAGACGACCAAAACCACUACGCCAUCACCAACUUCUAGACAAAGAUCACAUGCCACAUAAACAAGACCUCAAUAAAUCAUUAAAAUCUACUUCAGGCCCACUGGAUGGUGAUUCAGCAAAGCCUUGUACAAAACAUACAAAUGAAGUGAUAAAGUUUUACUGUCAUGACCAUAAUGUACUCCUAUGUAAUGUUUGUGUGACCCUUGAACACCCAACAACAUCCUGCCAUGUGGACUACAUACCUGAUAUAUCAGGACAGAUUUUAGGCAGUACUGAGUUCAAAGAAACACUAAAAGAUAUUGGCAAAUUAACAGAGGAAUGCGGCCAGAUUACAAAAGAUUUGAAACAAAGAGUUGAUAAAUCAACAAUUUCUCUGAAAGAUGCUAUAGUAGAAAUAGCGAACUUUAGGACAGAGAUAAACAAGAGAUUAGAUGAACUAGAAAUGGAGGUUAAGAAUACUGCUAUAACAAUUCAACAUGACAACAACAAAAAGUUGAAAACAACAGAAACUACAUGUGAUGAGAUCAACAAAUCUCUCCAAGCAUCAGCUGAUACUUUAAACACCGACAAGAAAACUGACCAUCUAUUUAUAGAUCUUAAAAUAGCUCAGCAACUGAUUCUAGAUUAUGCCAAAAUCACAACACAACUACAAACAAGCGAUGAUAUUUACGAAUACAUCUUUAAACCAAAUCAAGCAAUGAAAAAACUCCUUCAGAAUGAGAAAUCAAUUGGUACAUUGAGAAAAAAGGAACUGAAGCAACUAGCUCAACCAAAGAAUAAGGCUGCUGUACCGAUGAAAAUGUCUACCACCAGAAACAUUGAUGCUCAAACUUCCUCAGAUAAAGAAUAUUGCUGGAUUACUGGUAUCACUGUCGCUCCUAAGAACCAAUUAUUUGUAGCAGAUAACAAUAAUUCCUCAAUUAAAAUGAUAGAUAUAAACAGUGGAGCAAUCAAACAACUACUGCUCAAAUCACAGCCCUGGGAUAUCACCAUAGUGACCAGAGAUACACUUGCUGUUACAUUACCAGGCAUUAAAACAAUACAGUUCAUUUCCUUCUCCUCAAAGUCUUUCUCACUGAAAAACAAACUGAAAGUAGAUGGAGAUUGCUGUGGAAUAAGCCAUCAUCUGGGGAAACUUGCAGUUGCAUUUACAUAUCCUGCUAAACUCCAAAUCAUGGACUUGAAAGGUAAUUUGAAAAUUGAAGUUGAGAAAGAUUCCAAUGGUGACAGUAUUUUCAGUAACCCUAAUUACGUCACCACAAACAGCCAUUCAAUCUAUAUAUCUGAUGUAGGCAAAAAAGAAGUUAUAUGGUUUAAUUGGCAGGGAGAGUUGAUAGGAAGGAAUGUAGACAUUAAAAGACCAUUCGAUAUCUCACUAUUAGAUGACGGGUCCUUCUUUGUGAGUGAUGACUGGUGUAAAUGUAUAUAUAGAGUAAGUGGUGAUUGUAAAGACAGGACAACUAUACUGGAGAAUGUAGAGGAUCCUCAAGCUGUAUGUUGGUGUCCUGAAACCAGUACACUAUGUGUAAGCUCACGCACAAUUUUAUCUAGAGAGAGAGACAAUCAUAUUAAACUGUAUAAAGUGGUGUAGAACCAAGAAAUGACAAUUGAUGCAUUCAAGGUUUGACAAAACACUACUAUUAGGUUAAGAACAUCUGAUCAAGCAGCAUUCAAAAUCACCAGCAUUCCAUAUCACAAGCUUUUAAGAUUACCAGCAUUCAAUAUCAACAGUAUUCAAGAUCACCAGCAUUCAAUAUCAACAGUAUUCAAGAUCACCAGCAUUCAAUAUCAACAGUAUUCAAGAUCACCAGCAUUCAAGAUCACCAGUAUUCAAUAUCACCAGCAUUCAAGAUCACCAGCAUUGAAGAUCACAAUAUUUUAAGAUCACCAUCAUUGAAGAUCACAAUAUUUUAAGAUCACCAGCAUUCAAUAUCGAUAGCAUUAAAGAAACAAGCUUGUUAGAUCACAUGUAUUUAAGAUUAAGAAUAUUCAAGAUCACCAGCAUUCAAGAUCACCAGUAUUCAAUAUCAAUAACAUUCAAGAUCACCAGUAUUCAAGGUCACCAGCAUUCAAGAUCACAAGUAUUCAAAAUCACAAGUAUUCAAGAUCAUCAACAUCCAAAUUCACCAGCAUUCAAUAUCACCAGCAUUCAAUAUCAUCAGUAUUCAAGAUCACCAGUAUUCAAGAUCACCAGCAUUCAAUAUAACCAGCAUUCACUAUCAUUAAUAUUCGUGAUCACUAGCAUUCAAAAUCACCAGCAUACAAUUUUUCAGAGAAAAAUGUAAAAAAGUGUUGAUCUCUAUAUGAGCCGCGUCAGUCACGACAAACCCAACAUAAUGGGUUUGCGACCAGCAUGGAUCCAGACCAGCCUGCGCAUCUGCGCAGUCUGAU